GUGGGGGGGGCGUCUCUGGAACAGCUCUUGAUCCGCUGCAGAAAAUCCCUCCAUUUCUCUCAGUGCCAACGAUUGGAGCGGAACCUUUCAGUCCCUCCAAAGCAAAAGCAGCAGCCCGGCUGUCACUCCUUCACUUCCGCCUCUAGCGGACGCCAAGGCCAAAACUGAGGGCAGGGCAGCCUAUUCGGACGCGUUUCUGUCGCGUUCCUCCCGCCGAAGUCUUCUUGGAGCAAUGGGGAAAGAGGAGUAUUGGCCGCCGCUGCUGGCGCUGCUGACAGGAGCCCCGCUUCUCCUCUUCUAUCUGGGCUUCUUACGGCGCUUCUCCGGGGUUUCGGGCACAGCCUUCCAGCGGCGAAAGCCCGGCCAAGUUGAGGCAGCCGGGAGGCCGCCGGCAGAUGCGUGGAAUCCCAGAUUAUCUGGCUUCUCUCUACGGCUGUUUGUGCACUUGGCCAACACUGCUUUUGGUCAGCUUUGUUUAGUGCCACUUUUAAUGCGGCUCAACAACUUAAUUGUCUUGCGCUACCUUGACAUCACUGAAGAUCCCACAUUCAUGCCAGUGGUUGCUGACGAAAGAAAAAAGUGUGGACAUGUGACUAGUGUUCUUCAUCAGCUGGUGGAAGCAAGUCCACAUUCAGCUAGCACUGCCUUCCGUUUCAAAGGAAUCCCAGAUUACUUGAAUUGCUAUCGAUCUGGGAAGGUAACGCCACUUCAGGUUGCAGAGAACAUUAUUGCUGCAUUGGAUGCUGAGAAAUCCAAUCCUCGCCUCCGAGCAAUUGUUCAAUCAAGUAGGGAGGAGAUAAUCAAGAUGGCCAAAGCCUCUACUGAUCGCUAUAGAAACAGAAAACCCCUCUCUCUUCUGGAUGGAAUCCCAGUGUGUCUUAAGGAGGAGAUUAAAGUGGUGCCCUAUCACCACCGAAGUGGAACACAGUACUUGGACACAAAGCCAGAGACUGAAGAUGCCACAGUGACCAGGAAACUGCGGGAGGCUGGUGCUGUUAUUAUUGGUGUCUCCAAUAUGCAUGAGUUGGGUACUGGAACCACUGGCUGUAAUCCCAACAGAUAUCAUGGUACAGCUAGGAACCCUUACAACCCUCAGCAUUUCACUGGUGGCAGCUCCAGUGGGUCAGCAGCCGCUGUGGCUUCAGGCCUUUGCCCACUGGCCAUUGGCACAGAUGGGGGCGGUUCUGUGAGGAUCCCUGCUUCCUUCUGUGGCAUUGUGGGACUAAAAGGUACAUUUGGACGUAUCAGUUGUUCUGGCUGUCACCCACUCUCAUAUUCUACUGUUAGCCUUGGUCCUCUCUGUACUUCAGUGACAGAUGCGGCUAUUGCUUAUAGUAUUCUGGCUGGGCCAGACACCCUGUAUCCAUAUGGAUUAAGCCAACCAGAACUCUUCCUCUCUGAAGUCCUCACCCCUGAUUUGAAGGGUUUGAAGUUGGGGAUUGACUGGACUUUUUUUAAGGCUUGUGAUGUGGAAAUUGAAAGUGUCUGCCGAAAAGCUGUGAAGUUCCUAGAGGCCUUUGGCGCCUCAGUGGUCAAUGUUUCCUUGCCGGAGAUGGAGGAGGUACGAGCGGCUCAUGUCAUCUGCAUCCUUGGCGAAAUGAGGGACUUCCUGCAGCCUGACUUCAACAAUCACUUCCAGGAAAUGAAUCUGGAGACGCGAUUGAAUCUUGCACUUGCUUCUCAGUUCACAGCUCUGGAUUAUAUUAAGGCAAAUCGGCAACGGAGCCGCACCAUGGCUUUCCUGCAAAAUAUGUUUAAGAGUGUGGACUGUUUCCUGACUCCAGGUACUGCAUGUCCUGCCCCAAGAAUUCAGGCCUCGGAUCUCCAGACUGGGUGUAGUGAUGUCCAGACAACGCUCAGGACUAUGAGAUAUAUGCAGCUGGCCAAUUUGACAGGCAUUCCAGCACUGGUGGUGCCAGUUGGAUACACUGGUUCAGGACUUCCAAUCAGUCUUCAGAUCAUGGCAAAAUGGUGGGAUGAAGCCCUGUUGUUGCAGAUUGGCCUGAAGCUGGAGCAGUUUCUUGACAAAACAGCAAAACCAGCCAUUUAUUAUGACAUUCUUGAAUGAUGGAUGCAGCUGCAGGAUUCCAAGAUCACACCAAUUCCAAUAAAUAUGGUUACUUUUA